AUGGCAGGGAAGAGUGGGUUUGAAGAGCGGCUUGGAUUGCCCAGGGGUCUUUUCCUGCAAGACGACUUUAUCACCUCGGAGCGCGAGGAGCAGCUGGUUCAAAUCUUCCUCAACGAACUGGAAUGGCCCCAAAAGGCCGGCAGUCGCCAAUCAUUACACUACGGCUACACAUUUGACUACAAGACGUUUGGGGUAGAUCCAGAUAUCCCAUACAAAGAGUUUCCCGACUGGCUCAUACCAUUGAUCCCCACAUCCGAGGCUCGACCGCCUGACCAGGUCUGUCUACAAUAUUAUCCACCAGGCGCAGGGAUUCCGCCGCACGUUGAUGCUCAUCAGGCAUGGGACCAACUGUACGCGCUGUCUCUCGGGUCGCCAGUCUUGAUGCAGUUUCGAAACGGAGAUGAGCGCGUUGAUAUAGACCUAAUGCCGCGGGGGAUGAUGAAGAUGACUGGAGAUGCGAGGCUGCACUGGACUCAUGGCAUUAAAAAGAGAAAGACAGACACUCUGGCAGACGGGACAGUCAGGCCUCGUGAGAAUAGGUGGAGCAUCACGUAUCGCUGGAUCCGGGAGGGGGACUGCGAAUGUGGAAAUGUCGCCUUGUGUGAUGUUGCUCAGCAGCGACUUGGGAUUGAAAAGGAGAAGAGAUCUGCAGUAAUAUCUGAUACUAAGAAAAUAGAGUAG